AGUGAAGUGAUCCAGAGGUGAACAGUGUCUCUAGGGAGUCAGAAAGCUGCCUGUAUCAGGAAGAGGACUCUCAUCCAUCAUACAAAGAUGGCACCUCACCACGUCAUCGCCAUCCUCCUUGUAUCCAUGGUGACGGUGAUGCCAAUCUCAUCCCAGCAAUGCCCGGUCAUACAGGGAUAUACACCCAUCGUCACCAAACCUGGUGCAGAUCUGACCCUUGGUCUCAUGCUGAGUUUACAUGAGGCCAGCCAGGAUACGACUAGCGGUGCUCUGUGUAACUUCAGUGCUGAGACCGGUUAUGGUUCACUGUCCAUGAAAGCUGCUGUUGCAGCUACUGACAACUGGCCUGACUCCAUCCAACUACCUGGGCUGAGUGUCGGUCUUGAGAUCUAUGACUUGUGUGAAACAUUCCAAUUGGGUGAAUACAGUACGGUUCGCUUUGCCAAUGAGAGGUAUAACGAUAUCUUCGCAAAUGGAACGGUGUGUACAAACAAAACACUGCGACUGGGUGUCGUUGGAUUCAGGUACAAUUCAUGGAGUGAGCCCUUAUCGGCUCUUCUACAACCACUUGACAUACCGGUGAUUUCUUUCACUUCAACAUCCAAUUCACUGAGUGAUUCGGAGAAAUAUCCCAACUUCUUCCGGAUUGUUCCUCCUGACAAUGCCGCUGUCAAGGCCCUGGUGACCAUUAUGAAGAGUUACAACUGGACCUACUCAGCAAUAGUCCACGGUGAUGACAGCUAUGGAAUGAGUGGACUACAAGCUGUGACAGAGAGCAUCAAAGAGGCUGGGUUUUGCCUCACUGAGCCCAUUUCAGUUGGUGCUGGAGAGACAAGUGAUAGCGCCUACGAUGCCAUAGUGAAUCAUCUGAUCCAACGAAAUUUCACUGUGGUCAUCCUCUGGGCCCUACCGGAGAACAUCCAUGGGCUGUUCUUGGCCGUAGAGCGCAUACAAGGGGCUGCCUACGACAUUACGUGGCUCUCUGGUGACGCACCACUGUACGUCGACUUCGCAACGAUCCCAGGGAAUGCCAGGGCUGCUCGAAGUCUCUUCACAUUGUCGCCAUUCGUUGACACGAACGCCAUGUACAAGACGUGGCUUGCACAGUGGUACCCGAACACCGUGUUCAACUACAGUCCCACUGGGCAGCUGAUUGAUGUGAUUCACGCUUACAUGUCUGCAUUCUCCUUGGCUCAUCAGGAUAAGUGUGGAGGCCAGCAAGGAAUGUGUGAGGCAUUGGCUAAUAUCCAAGGAUCUGAAUUCAUUGACUACAUCAGACAGGUAAACUUCACAGGAAUCGAGGGUCGCGCCAUAUCAUUUAGUGAUGAAAAUGCUGACCCGGCAAAUCAGUUUUACGAGGUUCUACAGUUCAAGAGCACUGGUACACCAAACACCUACUCCUUUCAAAAGGUUGGUGAGUGGACAACAGAUCAGGGUCUGACACUCAACAAUGACCAGGUGGAGUUCUAUGGCCAAGGAGACACCCCUGUUGGUCCUCCCACUUCAGUCUGCACGGAGGGCUCAUGUUUUGACCCCAGGUGCCAGGAAAUCACUAAUUUUGUUAUAGAGAAUCUGUUUGGUAUUUACCUAGAUGGGUGUACAGUCUUUAGCUUUUCCGGGUACACUGAGUGGGAAGCAGUUUUCUAUGCAGUUCACCAAAUCAAUGAGGAUCCAAAUUUGCUGCCAUAUGUCCAUCUUUCCUUGACGGCCAAUCAGAUAUGUGGGGACCUGAAAGGAAUUGGGAAGGCCUCUCUGGAUCUGAUCCAGAGGUGGAACUUUGAUGGAGGGUUUCCAGCACAAGAUGAUACCCACCUCCUGGGUGUACUGCAUAAUGCCUUCAGUGCAUCAGCCAUUGUAACAUCUACGAAUCUACAGAUAGCCGAUGUGCCAGUGAUUGACAACACAGCUUCAACUCCAUUACUGAGUAACAAAGAUGAAUAUGGCAACUUUCUGCGCACCAAUCCAUCGGAUCUCGGGCAAGCUGCAGCAAUCGUGGAUCUUAUGUCCAGUCUGGGCUGGACGUAUGUUCAGACAAUCAACACAAAGGGUACUUAUGGGGAUGGUGCUAUCGAGGCUAUGAAAGAGUUAACGGAUCAGGCAGGCAUCUGCAUCGCCAAUUCCUUCAGAGUGGAUGAUGAAACUGAUUAUGCCCAACUUGCCCGUGACCUCUUGGCUAAGCCCAAGGCCAAGACGAUUGUUGUUAUCUUGAACACUGCUCAUGCUAGAUCAUUGUUUCAGCAGUUGAUUGCCAUGAAUGUCAGCGCAGGACGAUUCCAGUUCAUUGGUUCAGAUGUAUGGGGAACCAGGAUGGACUACAUCCCUGGCUCGGAAGGGCCAGCCAAAGGAGCCUUGACAGUGAACUUCAAAUCUACAAGGGUUCCAGAAUUCGAGGAUUACUUUCUCAGCCAGACUCCUGACACUGCUUACAAUCCCUACUUCAAAGACUUCUGGAUGCGGACAUUUGAGUGCAACCUUCCUGGACAACGACCACUAUUUAGCCGCAACUGUACAGGUUCAGAGAUGCUGUCACGCAGUGAGAUUAGCAGCAUAGGAACGGAAUAUUUCAUCAAUUCUGUUUACGUGUACGCAAUUGCCCUGUCCAAACUGAUUAACGACACCUGCCCGAACGGAAAAAUCUGCGACGCCGUCUUUGAUGUCUCGAGAGAGGAAUGGCAGGAACGUCUUAAAGCAGUCAAUUUUGUCAGUCAUGUUGGUUUAAGGAGGAGAGUGAGCUUUGAUGAGAAUGGAGAUGGUCCUGCGUCAUACUCCCUGUCCCAGUUCACUGAGACGGAUGGUACCUAUCAAUAUAAUGAGGUUGGAUCCUGGACAUCAGAUGAAGGUCUGGAUCUGAACACAGACAUGCUGAAAUUCUAUGGCCCAGAUGGUCCCAUCGUUGGUGUACCAUCAUCAUCAUCGUAUUGGCUUGGAUUCUGCAGCGACCCUGUGUGUCAUGAUGCCGAUCAUCGCACCGAGUUUGUCAUCGAGGGUCUCUUUGACCUUCAUGGAAGUCAGUGUGAUGCUUUACGAGAGAACAGGUUCACUCAAGUAGAGGCAGCCCGCUUUGCAGUUCGUGAAAUAAACUGCAAUGCUAGUUUCCUCACAGGGGUGCGGAUGUCACUGACCAUGAAUGACAUCUGUGGGGACACGACUGCUGCUAAGAUGGAGGCAUUACGGUCGAUCCAGGGAUGGGGCUUUGGUGGAGGGUUUCCAAACCAAGAAGAUGAGUCCUACCUCAUGGGUGUGCUGCAUUCUGGCAGCAGUAGCAAGGCCAUCGAAGAGAGUAAGGUCCUCCAAAUCCCAGAUGUGCCCUUGAUGGCCAACAGUGCUACAAGUCCAGCACUGAGUGACAAAAGCAUGUUUGGCAACUUCCUUCGUACAGUACCCUCAGACACCAAACAAGCAGCAGCUAUGGCAGAUCUGUUGGCAAGGUUGGGCUUGACGUAUAUACAGACUAUCCACACCAAGGGUGCCUAUGGAGAAGGAGGCAUUCAGGCUCUUAAGGAGGUAGCAAAAGAGAAAGGAAUCUGUAUUGCUAACUCCUUUGUCGUGGUCUCCACCACCACCACCAAUUUUGCCAGAAUAUUGAAUGACAUUCUAGGUAAACCUGAUGCAAGAACAUUGGUUCUUUUCCUGACUGACGAACACGCCCAAGCCCUGUUUGAAGUGAUGGUUGACAAGAAUAUUGAUCCAGGUCAAUUUCAGAUUCUUGCAUCCGAUACCUGGGGUACAAGGACUGACUACAUCCCAGGCUUUGAAAGUCAAGCUAUUGGUGCUUUGACAGUGUUUUCCAAGACAUCAGUCAUCCCCGAGUUUGAAGACUACUUCCUCCAGUUGACUCCCGAGACUCAAGAUGGCACCAACCCCUACUUCAAUGAAUACUGGAUGCAGAAAUUUCAGUGUGACCUCCCUGGUCAUGACGAAUAUCGCAAAACUUGUACUGGUUCGGAAAGGCUGUCUAGAAGUGAUGUGAACAGCCUAGGAAUGGAAAACAUCAUCAAUGUUAUUCAGGCUUAUGCAGUGGCCCUUUCUGACCUCAUCGGUGAGACUUGUCCUGAUGGAGGUCCCUGUGAUGCCCUUUAUGAUCUCACCAGCCAGCAUUGGUUUGACUACCUUAAAGACGUUGCUUUCAUCAGUCCGGUUGGCUCAAGGAAGAUGGUCAGCUUUGAUGAAAAUGGAGAUGGGGCAGCACUCUAUUCCAUAUACCAGCUCACAGAGAUGAACAAUAUGUUUCAGUAUCAAGAGAUUGGUUCUUGGGACGAUGUCGAUGGUCUGUCCAGCCUCUCUGAUGACAUCAUUGAUCCAAUGUUCUCAUCAGUGUGUACCGGGUUAUGCUUGGAAUGCAACCCACCAACAUCACCUGACGCAAAUACCACCUCUCACCAGGACUACUUCAGUAUCCCUGGAGACCUGGACUUUCCAGUCGUCAUGCAACUCAGCAAGUCUGGAGAUGGGGUAACAUGUGGAGACCCGAAGCCGGAAGAAUCGCUUGCUCUUGAAUCACUCCUGUAUGCUCUUGACAAGGUGAACGCAGACCCUUCAGUUCUACCUGGAGUUCAGCUUGGUGUGACUGUAGUGGACUCUUGUGGGAAUCCUGCCAUUGCAACACGGAAGCUUGUUGGACUUUUGGGUGAUUUUGUAAGUCUUGAAAGUACAGGAAAACCAUUUGCUGUUCUGGGUCCAUCCAAUCCCGAUGUUGCUGAGGAGAUUGCAAACCUUGUAACUGGUCAAAGUAAACUGCCAAUGAUUAGCUACAGUGCCUUGAGUCCUAAUCUCAAUGAAGAUCCCCUUGUGUUGGCCACAUCUGCUCCAUACGCCGAAGAGGUUGCUGCCAUCAUUGGGAUCUUGGAGGAAUUUGACUGGAAGUAUGUAGGAGUGGUACACUCUAUGACUCCAUAUGGCUUAGCAAACAAUCAAGAAUUCCAGAUGGCUGCCCAGGUGGCAGGCAUUUGCCUGGGAGCUCAGCACUACCUUGAUGAUAGCACGAACUUCCAAGAGAUCAUCAAUGAUUUCAGCAGCGACCACUCUCUGAAUGUCAUUGUUGCCUUUGUCAAUGAAGAAGAUGCUAGAAGCCUCUUGUAUGCUGAUCACUUUCAGCUCAGCAAGAGGUUUGUGUGGGUGGGAACUGACUCGUGGGACUCUCCAAAUCUUGUUUCUGGUCUAGAAAACUCAGCCAAGGGAAUGCUGCUGGUGACCAAAGAAAGACCAGACCUUCCAGAAAUACAGGACUACUUCGCAGACUCAGACCUCCUAGAAGCUGCAAGUGCAAGGAACCCUUAUCUCAGAGAUUAUCUCCAAGAUAUCUGUCCUAGUUCAUCCAACUGCCAGUUUGGAAAUCAAAUCCAAGAAUCUCUCCAGGAGCUGUCCGGAGAAAUCUCUCCUCUGGUCAAUGCAUUGUAUGUAGCUGCUCAUGGUGCCAACUUACUCCAUGAUUCAAAGUGUGGCUUCUCUAAUGAUGAACUGUGUGAAAGUUUUCUUGAUUCGUCUCCAGGAGAAAGGGUAGGUGCCAUACGUCGUGUGACAGUGGAGUCUGGGGCCGGUGGAAACCCCUUCUCAUUUGACGAACACAGUGGUCCUGCCACUUACAGCAUCAAAAACUACCAGUAUGAUGGACAGAAUGGGCAGUUCCUAAUUGUUGGCAGAUGGCAGAACGACCAACUUGAUCUUCAGAGUACAGGCAUAAAGUUGUACAAUCCCGUUGCUGAGGAAGCUCAAAGAGGUCCAUCUGGCUGUUCUUGUGGUCCGAUUGUCGUGGCUGAAGGAGGUGAUUCAGUACAGGUGUACAUGUAUGUCUGGAAGUGGAUAGAUUAUGGCAUAUGGUCAACCGUCGUCCUAGCCGUGUCAGGUCUAUGUGGAGUGUUGGCACUUUUGAUAGGCAUCUUGUUUCUCAGCAAACGUCACAGCUAUGUGGUUCAGAGUGCAUCUUUCAGUCUCAGCGUGUGGCUUCUCUUUGGGAUUAUCCUGAUGUACCUCCUGAAUGUGGCAUUCAUGUUUGAGGCCAAUCCAGCCAUUUGUGGCAUCCGUCGUUUUGGUGUGAGUUUUGUGUACUGCAUGGUGUAUGCUGCGAUGCUUGUCAAGAGCAUCCGGGCUAAUCGAUUUGCACGUAAACAGCCAGGUGUUGAUAUGGACUUUGCCGGCUCCUGGUCCCAGUCUCUCUUGUUUCUGGCCUUCCUCCUUCCGGAGGUUUUCUUGGUGGUUGAGUGGCUGGUCCUGAUUCCUCCUGAUGCCAUAGGUGGACCCCUGGAUGCCUGUGGGACCAUUUCAAUGUCAACAUGCAGCAUCACUAACAUCGAUCUGACCAUCUUCAUGAUGUAUGCCUACUUCCUGGUCCUUGUAACAUUCCUCUCCUCCUUUGGUGCUCUGGAUUCCUCUCAUGCCCACCAUGAGGGCAAGUCCAUCUUAGUCAGUAGUCUCUUCAGCAUCUUGAUUCUGAUUGCCUGGGCCUGUGUUCUCAACUUACUUGACCCUGAGUUUGGCAUCCCGGCAAUCCCCAUCGGUCUGACAGCAGAUGCUACGAUCAUUCUGGUGUUCAUGUUCAUGGGGAAAGUAGCUGCCCUUACCAAGAAAGAAGAGAAUGCUGACACUGGCAACAACAAAGUCACAGACAUCGAUAUGGAAGAUAGGCCAGAGAAGAAGUUACAUGUGUACGACAAUGCUGGUGCUUCACCUGAUGCAGCUGCAGUCGGAGAGGAACAAACUGGUUUGUAAUUCUGGAUAUACAUUGUAUCAUGUAAGGCCAUGUCCAAAUUAUUUAGCUACGGCUUGAAUUUACUGGAGUCUAUGAUAGCGGCUGCAGCCACUUCACAUAGACUUGUGUGUAAUUUCAAGCCGGACAUAGACUUAUUAGGUAAUAAUCUCUGAUGAGCUAAAGCAUGGUUUCCAUCAUCAUGAAGCCAAUGUUUCGUGAGUGAUUGGACAGGUAUAUGUGACCGGCUCCACAACCAUUUUUGUCAAAAUGUGUUUUUCAUUUGUUACCCAUGAAUGACA